UUUUAUAUGAAAAUACUGAAAAAGUCAAUAAAUAAAUGAUGGAUGUUAACCACUCGGCGUUGGAUAGAAAUUGCCCCUGUUUGCUGAAAAUCAUGGAAAGUGCUAACUCAAGAAUUGACUAUUUUUCUGAAUCUUAGAUAAGAGGGGAAAAGUAAAUAAUAAUGUCUGACAAACAAAAAUUAUCUGUAUUUAAGUUAGCACAUCUUAAUCUCAGGUCAAUUUUUACAGGGUUUCAGGAGUUUGUUGAUAUUGUGCAGAGAUAUUUUGUCAACGAUGAAUUCUUCGACGAAAACAAACGAGACGUUGCCUUCUUAUUCAUCGAAGGUCAAAACGAAGCUUCAGAUGAAUGGAUGACCAACGGAGAAUGGUAUGAAUACGCUCAACAGUUUAAUGCUAUUUUAUUCGAGGUAGAGCAUCGGUAUUUUGGUAAAAGUCGACCCACGGAAAACGUUAGCGUGGAGAAUAUGAAAUAUAUGUCUACUGAACAGGCCUUAGCUGAUUUGGCUGAAUUUGUUGUAGCAAUGAAUAAAGAGCAUAAUUUAGCAGAGGAUGUCAAAUGGAUCGCCUUCGCAGGUGCUAACUACGGUGCCUUUCUCAGAUUGAAAUAUCCUCACCUAAUUCAUGGUGCUGUUAGUAGUAGUGCACCUAUGUUAGCUGUUGUAGAUUUUCAAGAUUAUUUCAAAAAUAUUGCUGAAGUUUUAAACGAAACAGACGUAAAUUGUUUGAGUGCUUUGCAAGCUGGAACUGCACAAAUGGCAGAACGUUUGAAGGAUAAAGCGGGUGCAACCAAUUUGACUUCUUUAUUCCAACUCUGUACGCCUCUGGAAGAAGUUAUGGACAAUGAAGAUGAUAUUUCUAGUUUUUUCAGUAUUCUAUCUGAUAAUUUUGCAGUCGUUGCACAGUUUAAUAAAGCCAACAGGCUCAGUUCUCGUAAUACACCUUUAGCCAACAUAACUUUAGACACUCUCUGUAAUAUAAUGACCGAUGUCUCUAAACAAGAAAUCGACAGAUUGGCUUCAGUGAAUUCUUUAAUGCUGAACGCAUUUGGAGAAACAUGUAUCGACUAUAGUUAUUCGACCUUGCUUAAUGAUAUGAGAAAUGAGACUUGGGAGGCAGCGCUUGGUGGACGUCAAGAGUUUUAUCAAUUUUGCAACGAAUAUGGAUACUUUCAAACUUCAACUUUAGAAGUUGGAUUCGGGGAUAUUCCCCUUAAGUGGUAUUUGAAACAAUGUACUGAUAUUUUUGGGUCCCAAUUCAAUGAAACUUUUGUCAAUCGGGCGAUUGAGAGGACUAAUGUAAAUUAUGGUGGACUUGAUAUCAAGGUCAGUAAUGUGGCUUUUGUAAAUGGUUCAAAGGACCCAUGGCGUACACUGGGCAUCACUAAUUCAACUGAUGAAGAUGCGCCAGCAAUUUUUAUUCAAGGUGCCGCGCACGAUGCAAAUAUGUAUCCUUCUACCGAUAAGGAUUUGCCCCAGUUGACGGAAGCUAGGACGAAAAUAAGGGGACUUAUUCAAUCCUGGUUGAAUCAAUGAAAAUGUCUCGAUGAAC